AUGAUUCGCAUGACCGGCAUCUAUUUCCAUCCCUCACAGAGCGCAACCAGCCACAAUCGUACCCCUCCCUCAUUCUGGACCACCGUCGAAGUCGCCAUUGGCCUUUUGGCAGCUUGUCUCCCUCCGCUAGGGCCCUUAAUCACACGUGUACCUUCUCCACGGAAGAUGUAUACCUCUGUGCGACAUGGUCUUGCAUCGUACGCUUCGGGCGGCAGCAAGCUGUCUGAGAGAGUACCAAGCGUUGAGCAUAUCUCGAAUGUUGAGGCGUUCGACGGACACAAGAUGGGAGCAGUCAACGAAAGAGAACGUGGGGUCAGUAGCGACGAAGAAGUCGAAUUGGUGCAAUAUGGGGGUUUCAAGUAA